UUUUCCAUUUGCCUAUGUGUGUGUGUGUGUGUGUGUGUGUUUUCAGACGGCCUUCUGUUUUUAUUUGCAUCUUGCUUUGCAUGUUGCUGGCUUUCAUUUGACUUGGAGGUGGGAGCUGGCUAUAAAAAAAUUAUUUUGUUUACACCCAUCCUGGGAUCGUUGGCCGUGAGUCUCUCUGCCCUUGCCAACUUGCUGCGAGGAACCUUCGGCACGACUUGCUUAUCUGAGAAUGGCUGGAGCGUUACUCCCUGCGAUCGAGGUGAAACCAUUCCUGGUUCAUGGAGAGAAGUUCAUUAAAUGGGACGAUGAGACAGGAGCUGGAUCACCGGUGGUUAUGCGCAUGGAUUCACAUGGACACUUCCUCUACUGGACCUACCAGAACAAGCAAGUGGACCACCUGGCUUUAACAGGCAUCCGUGACACGAGGGUCGGGAAAUAUGCCAGAGUCCCCAAGAAUUCUAAAAUCCGGGAGAUUUUUGACGUGGCCAACCCUGAGUCGAACUUCUACUCCAAGUGCCUGACUGUGGUGUCGGGCCCUGACUUCCCCAACCUGACCUUUGACAAUUUUGUUGCUUUCAAGCCCAACGUGGUGAAGGACUGGGCAGCGGAAGUGCUGAAAAUCGCCAUCCAUCCUCUGACCCACAAUGGUUCACGUUUGUUCACUAUCCACAAAAUGUACUCAAAGAUAAAAUUAUUUGUGAACGAAGAGAAAAAAAUUCCAGUGAAAAAUGUUUACCAGAUGUUCGCAGCAGACAGGAAGCGGGUGGAGGCCGCACUUACUGCCUGUAAUCUCCCGAGUCAGAAGACAGACAUGAUCAACCCUGAUGAUUUUACAGAACUGGUCUUCAAGCAGUUUAUUACACACUUGUGCCCUCGGCCUGAGAUUGACCAGAUCUUCGAAUUAAUGGAUGUGAUGGUGAAGCCGUACUUGACUCGGCAAAAGAUGUCCACGUUUAUAAAUGAGACGCAGAGAGAUGCUCGGCUGAAUAAUUUUCUUUUUCCAUUAGUUCAACCUGAACAAACGCAGAAGCUGAUUGAGAAGUAUGAGCUGAGCAGAGUGAAUGCAAAUAAGGGCCACAUGUCGCUGGAGGGACUUUGCUGGUACCUGUCCGGCCCGGAAAACAGCCUGAUAUUCCCGGAGAGGCUGACUGUGUACCAGGAUAUGUCGCAGCCCCUGCCGCAUUACUUCAUCAAUUCCUCCCACAACACCUACCUCACCGCUGGGCAGUUCUCCGGGAUUUCCUCCCCGGAGAUGUACCGGCAGGUCCUCCUAGCCGGGUGUCGCUGUUUGGAGCUCGACUGCUGGAAAGGACGACCGCCAGAUGAGGAGCCAAUCAUUACGCACGGUUACACCAUGACAACGGAAAUUCUCUUCAAGGAUGUCAUCGAGGCUAUUGCGGAGAGUGCGUUCAAAACAUCACAGUACCCAGUCAUCCUGUCCUUCGAAAACCAUGUGGACUCCCCAAAGCAGCAAGCCAAGAUGGCCGACUACUGCAGGACAAUAUUUGGUGACAUGUUGCUGACAGAGCCCAUGGAGAAAUAUCCACUGAAAGCUGGAUCUCCCGUCCCCAGCCCCCGGGAGCUGCUGGGCAAGAUCCUCAUCAAGAACAAGAAGAAUCAGAUUGCUGACAACAGGAGCCAGGAGAGGACGAGUAGGAAGAGCAUGGACUCCGUGGUCGAGGAGGCAGCCUCUGGGGAAACAACGCAGACAGGUGAAACUGAAGAGCAGUGUGAAAAUGAGGAGGAGCAGGAGCCCAUUGAUCAGGAAGACGAGGAAGAACAUAAGAAGAAUGCAUCCGAUGAGGGGACUGCUGGUCAGGAAGUGAGAGCAUAUGCGGAGAUGUCUAGUCUGGUGAACUACAUUCAGCCCGUGAAGUUUGACUCUUUUGAGCUCUCCAAGGAAAGAAAUCGAUCUUACAUCAUCUCAUCCUUCACCGAGACCAAAGCACUGGACAUGCUCAUCAAAUUUUGCCUAGAUUUUGUUGAAUACAACAAGAGACAAAUGAGUCGCAUUUACCCUAAGGGGACGAGAAUGGAUUCCUCAAACUACAUGCCUCAUGUCUUCUGGAAUACUGGCUGUCAGAUGGUGGCCCUGAACUUCCAGACAGCAGAUAUCCCCAUGCAGCUGAACAAUUCAUGCUUCGAGUUCAAUGGUCGUUGUGGCUACAUUCUGAAGCAUAAACUGCUGCGAUGCCUGGACAAGAAGUUUGACCCUUUCACCGAAGAUCAGAUAGAUGUGGUCGCACCAAGCACGUUGUCCAUUUUGGUUAAAUCAGGGCAGUUUCUUUCGGAUCGGAACUGUAAAUUCUAUGUUGAAGUGGAAUUGUUUGGGCUUCCAAAUGACCCUCGGCAGAAGUUCAGGACCAAGUUGACCUGUGAGCAAAAUUCCAUCAACCCUCAGUGGAGGGAUGAGGAACCGUUUGUUUUUGAAAAGAUUCUGGUGCCGGAAAUGGCUUUUGUACGGAUCGCCACUUUUGAAGAUAGUGGAAAAUUCAUUGGGCACAGGAUUCUUCCAGUUACUGCUGUCCAAACAGGCUAUCACCAUGUCGGUCUGCGCAAUGAGACCAACCAGCUGCUCACCAUGCCGACCCUGUUCGUUUAUAUCGAAGUGGGAGACUACAUACCUCACACCUGGGCAGAUCUAAACAAGGCUUUGGCUGACCCAAUAAACUUUGUCCGUUCAAUGAGCGCACAACUGGACCAGAGUUCGCAUGCUGAUGAGGUUGUCUCUGAGGAUAACGUACAGAUACAACAGAGCAGCAACGAGGCAUCGGACUCCAAUGAAGCAUGCAAUCCCUACAACCCUACCAGCUCGGACCUUGAGGAAUCUUGCAAGGAUGCCAUCGAACCGUUGACCACUUCUGAGCUGAAGACACAGAAGGCGUUUAUCAAAAUGCAGAGGAAGCACGAGAAAGAGCUGAAGGAACUCGAGAAGAAGUUUCAGAAGAAGAGGAAUGAAGUGAUGCAGAAAUAUUCCGGCAUUUUAGCUGAGCAAUGCAAGGGAAAACAAACGUUUAACAAAUCCUUCAAGAAAAAACGGAAUGUCUGUAAUGCUCCCGAGAGUGCGCUCAGCAAUGCUUCGAUGACCGGCGGGCCAGAGGCCGAGAAAUGCAGUGAGCUCAGGGACAAUAUGGAAUCAGAUUUAAUGCAAGUGCAUGCAGACCACUACGAACUCAUGCGGAACAAGAAGGAGCAACACAUCGCUAAGCAAAUGAUCAAAAUGGUGGAGUUAGUAAAGGAAAAGCAAGCUGUUGAACUGAAAAAUUUGAAGGAUUCAGCUGAAAGUGAAAUGAAAGAAGUGAAGAGAAAGUUGGAGCUGAAGCGCCUGGAGAAGAUUGAGACGAUGAUUAAAACUACAGCAGACAAGAUUGUCCGGGAUAGGCGCAAGAAAGAGAUCAUUGAGCUCCACAUUCAAGUGUCGGUGAAAGAAUUCAAGCUGGCUUUAAUGAGCCAGUCGAAGAAUGAAAGCAAACUCCAGGAAAAACAUGCAGGUGAUUUUGAAGAAAUUAUGGAAAAGGAAAAACAGUACCAGCUGGAGGCCCAGAAUGAGUAUGAGGCAAACAUGAAGGCCUUACCUCACGAGGUAUUGGAGCUGAUCAAGUCGAUGUUAAACACUAAGUUUACGGAUGAGCCGGAGAGAGUGGUGUAUGAAGGGAAAGAUCUGGCAGGAACAGCGCCAUGUGACUCAUCACCCACAUUGACUGAUACAGAGGACACAGUUUCUGUGGUGACUCAACAGCCCAAGAAUGACCAAAAAAAUAAUGUUAGGUUAUAAUUAUAAUUUAAUAUUGAACUACCAGUGGUAUCUGGUUAGAUAUGGUCCACGUGUGAAGUGGUAGCGCUAGAUUGACUAGCAGGGAGUCCAGCUGUUUUCAGUGUGUUUUACUGGCCUAAAGUGGCACCCGUUCAUUUAUCUUGUAUGGUAGUUUACAGGAGGUGACAUACACUUUGUUAAGAUACUUAUAUUCAAGUGGAGAUUGGACUGGCUUUGGAAAACUGCAACCUUGUUCUGUCAAUUUGGUAAUGUUCCUCUUUCCAUAUAUUUAGUAUGUUCUUGUCCAUUUAGUCAAUAAUCUAAUUCAGUGCAGAAACAGGCCCUUCGGCCCACUGAGUCCGCACCGACCAGCGAUCCCCGCCCAUUAACACUAUCUUACACACACUAGGGACAAUUUACACU